CUGAGUGGAGUCGUGUCGUUUGUACACUCGUCUCUUUAUUUUUUUCGCUGUUAGGUUAACAUCCCGCUAAUUAACAAAGUAAUGUUGGGGAAAAUAAAAACGAAGCAGGAAAAAAGCGGCGAGAUCGUCGCAUACAGCGAGGCGGCAGUUGCAAACAACUCCGCGGUUGUGGAAUACUGUAAGAUCUCGAUGGCAGCUUUAUCGGGCGGUACAGCUGGACUGCUAGGAUUAACCGGGCUGUACGGAUUCGGAUUUUACGUCUUUGCGGUUUUCGGGCUGUGGGCGAUGCUGUUGAUGAAGGCCGGCGGCCAGUGGAGGAAGUAUUUCAUUAGCAGGCGGCAUCUCUUAACCAGCGGGUUCUUUGGCGGGCUUUGCACGUACGUGUUAUUCUGGACAUUUUUAUAUGGGAUGGUUCACGUCUAUUGAGAAGGGAAAGGACGGAUGGCUCGCGGCAAUUGUGACACACGCAGUUAUUUAAAUAUAUAUAAAGCUACAUAAUUACUAUAAUAAGCCAGUCAUUGUAUUUAUAUUAUUUAAGCCUUUCGGAUACUGACCAAAUAAACGAUGAAGCGUUCA